AUGCUUAUGCUCAGGAAUAUUGGAAUUUACAACAGGCUGAUUAAAACGAUUGGUAGAUCGGUCCGCUUUAAUUCAACUGGAGGAUCGUCGUUGAAUUGGGUCGAGUACUUAAACUUGAAAAAGCAGAAUAAUAGACUUAAUGUGGCUUCGUCAGUGUUUACCAGUUUGGGAGGUGCAUUCAUAACAUUGACAUACUUAGGAAACAUCGAAAUACAAGUCGAUAAGCCUAUCAUGGGAUUAGAUCCAUUUAUGGUGAUGGGUGGUGCUGUUAUCUUAGGAGGCGGUGUAGGAUACUUGUUUGGCCCAUUUAUCGGUACUGCUUUAUUCAGCUUGAAGAACAAAGCGGCCAUGAACCAAUUCAAAAUAAAAGACCAGAUUUUCUUGCAAAAAAUCAGACAACAUAGGGUAGAUCCAUCUUCGCAAUCUUUUUCUAAUCCAGUUCCAGAUUAUUACGGGGAAAGAAUCUAUUCGUUGAAGGAUUAUAAGCAAUGGUUAAGAGAUUGUAAUGCUUUCAGAAGAAAGGCUAAGGAAUUCCUUUAG